AUGACCGUCGAGCAGCCCGAAGCCCAGCAGCACCUUGCGUCGCUCCAGACGUCGGUCGAGGGCGGUAUCCAGGAGACGCAGACGUACCUUGAGAACCUCAAGAAGCAGCUCAUGGCCUACGACGCCGAGUACAAGGUCAGCGAGACGGCCACGGGCUACCUCCAGACCGCGAUCGAGUCGGCCAACCACGCCGUCGACGAGCUCAAGAAGUCGGCCGAGACGCUGCGCUCGACCACGCUCUCGGCGGCGCAGAAGCCCGUGUCGCUCGUGCAGACGGCGCUCGUCCAGGUCACCGACUCGCUCGCGACCAUCAAGGACCAGGCUGCGGUCUACGACGCCAAGUUCAAGAACGCGGUCGGUGAGGCCAAGACGGGCGUCGAAAACUUGACGCUCGCCACGCGCCAGCGCACGACGGACGCCAUUCACACGGCCAGCGAACACGCGCACGAGCUCCAGGUGCAGCUCAGCGCCAAGGCGGCCGGCGUGAGCCAGUCGGCCAUUGCAUACGCCGGCGGCGUCGUGCAGACGGUCGAGGCCUACGACCAGUACUACAACCUCUCGGCCACGCUCCACGAAAAGGUGCAGCUCGCGACCGAGAAGGCCAAGGAGCUCGACGACCAGUACCAGGUCACGCAGAAGGCCUUUGACGUGGACGCCAAGGUGACGGGCGGCCUCGGUGCGCGCGCGAUCCAGAAGGGCACGGACAUGGUCUCGUCCUCGGUCGCGUACCUCCAGGAGAAGAUCCAGUACGCCAAGGACGUGCACAACAACAGCGAGAACGCGUCGCCGGCCUCGCCCGUGGCCUCGGAAUAA